AAAAUUCAUUCUCAAACAAAAUAUUUAAAUUAGAAUUUCUUAAAUUCCAUUUUAAAAAAAAUGGUGUAGAAAUGUCUCUGCUGUAUGUAAAAAAGCAAUAUUUUCCCGCCCUGCUCGCCAAGAAACCCUUCUCCGCCGAAAAUAUCCUCACUUUGCCCACCAAAAUUCAUACUUCCGAUCAAAUCUAGGGUUUUAAAGUCGAAUACAUGGCCGUGCUCAAUUGGAAGCACCACACUCUUAUUCAAGCGUUAAUGACGCGCGGCCCACUCAAGGAGAACGAAUUCCACAAGAUCUUCGCUGCCGUCACCGGAAAAAACCCACGUUCUCAUGAGCGGGAUUUCAAUGAUUUCCUUCUGAAGAUAAACAAGGAACUUUCAUAUGUUCAGAUGGAGUUGCGUCGCUGCAGAAACCAGAAUGAUGGUCAAGUUUGCUAUGGACUUGUCAAUAAUGUUUCUGAUGAGCAAUCCAAGUUUGGAACUAAAUACUCUGUUCCGCAGAUUACUUUUUAUAAGGGUGUUAUAGAAGCAAUAAUGCAGGAUGCCACAGCCCAGGGUAGCAUUUCUACAAUUGAUGCUCUCAAUAUACGGCUAGAGAAUCAGGUUCAUAGAGGGAUGGGAUCACAAUCUCAAGGUGGUUUGUCUCAAGUCCCUCCUGCAUUAAGGAAUUUCUCUAUGUCCCAGAAGGAAAAAACUCUUGAUGAACUCGUGCAUGACCAGUGGCUUUGUCACACCCCUGAUGGUGACAUUGGACUUGGUGUCAAAUCGUACCUUGAUUUGCGAAGUUGGUUUCAUAAUUCUGGCAUUCCAACAUGUGAAGUAUGCAAUGAAGCUGCAAUAAAGGCAAAAGUAUGCCAAAAUGAAGGUUGUAUGCUGCGAAUUCAUCAUUACUGCCUGAAGAAAAAACUUUCCCAAAGCAGGGGUAAAAUAGUUUGUCCAACUUGUGGCGUUCAGUGGGAAUUUCAGAUUCCCAAACCUGAAGCAAUUGAGGUAGAGGACGAGCUGAAUGAACCUACUGUGAGCCAGCCACCUGCAGGAUCCAAAAGGAGAAAGCUUAAAGCCAACAGAAAUGCUGAUGCAGAUAUUGGUGCAUGUGGCUCAUCUCAAGUUUCAUCUGCUACUAAUCUGAAAAGAGUGACGCGAUCAUAUACUCGAAUGACGUAAAGCGUGUCUGUUAGUCAUUGAAUAUUCCUGUAUAGUUUGAUACAGACUAACCCUUUUGGAUGGAUGUUAAUAUAUUAUCAUGCAGUGCUGUGUAACUUAGAAUGUUAAUCACCAGAAUUGUUAUUACAUUAACGUGUUGAUUAAAGUUACUCUUGUUUUUCUGGGGACU